UUCACCAUUUCUCCGCUUCACUCUUCCCCUUCAAUCUCCCAUUCCCCACCACUUCCCCUCCGUGCAUCCUUAAUUAACUUUCAAAUCUACUUAAACACCUAGCUCCGUCCUCCCUUCGUUCCUCUUUAUAUAAUUAAUCCCGGCCCCCUCUCCCACGCUGCUUAGCUCCUUCUUCAAUAUGCCUAAGCCACGUCCCAAACAGGGAUUCAUGCAGGCAAGCUUGAAGAACCGCGCUGCUAUGGCGGGGCGUUUGGUUAACGAGGUCGUCAGCUUCGUCGUCUUCACCGUCUUGGAUCUCCUCGACGCUGUGCUGUGUUUGGUGUACAAGCUUCUUGACUAUGCCUUUGAGGCAGAAUGGAAGCCGUGCUAUUGCUCCUCCUCGGCGCGCGAAAUGAUAACGAGCAGCGGCAAUAUACUCGUCUCGGAGAAAGGCGGAUGGUCUAAGAUUGUAUGCCUGUGCUCCAGCAAGAUCCAUCUUGAGGAUAUUUCCGACACUCUGUAUUCCCGCCCCCCGCUUCUCUCCGAGCUCUCGCGCUCCACCAUCACUGAGCUUCGCCGCUUCGGCUCAACACGCUCGGACGCGGCGUCUGUCACCACGUUCACGAUCAACUCUGCCAUUGUAGAGAUGCUGCAGGGGAAGAUUGGCGGCCGGAAGUCUAAUCCGAUUCCUCGCUGGUCUGACUGCGCCUGCGAGCGGUGCGCCGGUUGGUGCUCUCCCUCCGCCUCCGGAGACUUAUACGUGCAGGCGCAGUAUCCGCCAGAUGGAGUGGCAGCGGUGGAGGAUGUGCUGUUCAUCCACGGCUUCAUAUCGUCGUCAGCGUUUUGGACGGAGACGGUCUUCCCUAAUCUGUCGGAGGUGGCGAGGUCGAGAUACAGGUUUUUCGCGGUGGAUUUGCUGGGGUUUGGCCGGAGCCCGAAGCCGGCGGAUUCACUGUACACGCUGCAGGAGCACGUCGACAUGAUAGAGCGGUCGGUGUUGAAGCGCCACCGGGUGCGGUCCUUACACAUUGUCGCUCACUCUCUCGGCUCCAUACUUGCGCUUGCUCUCGCCGUCAAGCACCCCGACGCCAUUAAAUCACUCACUCUCCUCGCACCGCCUUACUUUCCAGUGCCGAAGGGGGUACAGGGAACUCAGUAUGUGCUCCGGCGGGUGGCGCCGCGGCGGGUGUGGCCGAUGAUAGCGCUGGGCGCAUCGGUGGCCUGCUGGUACGAGCACAUCAGUCGAAGCGUGUGCCUACUCAUGUGCAAGCAUCACCGCUUCUGGGAAUUCCUCUUUCGCCUUUUAACCUGUAACAGGAUAAGGACAUUUCUGAUGGAGGGAUUCUUCUGCCACACGCACAACGCGGCAUGGCAUACGCUUCACAACAUCAUCUGCGGCAGCGCGGGGAAACUAGAAGGCUACUUAGACACAGUAAGGGAGAGGAUGCGCGCGUGCGAGGUGACGGUGAUCCAUGGCUGUGACGACGAUCUCCUCCCCGUAAGUUGCAGCGCCGCCGUCAAGGCCAGAGUCCCGCGCGCCAACCUCCGCCUCAUCAAAGGCAAGGACCACAUCACCAUUGUCAUCGGCCGGCAAAAGGCUUUUGCCCGAGAACUCGAGCAGAUCUGGGCCUCCCCGAGUCUCAAAGCAAGCUUUCCCCGACGAACCCUACCGGAAGCAAAAAGGCCAAAAACAGAGGGUGGAAGCGGAGGAGAUUAGUGAAGGGAUUUCCAGAUGGGAUUUUUUUUUUUUUAAUUCAGAAAUUAUGAAGUUGCUGGGUUUGUGUAAUCUGUAUUCAUUAUUGUGUAGGGGAGGAACUUUUAUUUGGUUCGGUUGACCGGAUGCAAGAAGUAUGCGGUCGUAGGCAAAAAAAAGGCGGUAUCGAGGUGCACCGAGUUUUUUGAAAAACUCGAUACACCUCGGUACCGAGUUUGUUUUUUCCUACGACCGGAUGCUUCUCUGCAUCCGAUCGGAGGACGUAAUAAUUGUUCGUAGGGGAGGGGGGGAUGAUGGCUGAUGAAUUUGUCGCCACGAAAAGGUUCGAGUAAGGGUACAUUACUCUAAAAAUAGAA